GGAAAACAAUGGGCGCUGACGCUGGACUCGCCGGAACUGAUUCCUUAUGUUUGUAGCCGGCGGACCGGCUGAAGUUUCGGCCGGUCACGCGCGGAUCGUUAGAUGUUUUUAGCGAUCUAAGCGCAUGUUUAGCCACACAUGGGGAACAAAUGCGAGGCUGUUGGGGCCCGCGCACCGCCCGCGACACGCGUGGCUUCUGGCCUUUUCUUAUUCCUUCGUUGCUCAUCUCCUUCCUUAUCCAGUCGCGUCUUCCUCCCCAUCCACUCGCAUCCCGGGCGCGCUCGUCGCCAUAGCUGCCGGCAACUCGAUGCUCCUCGUUUUGAAUCGUGCGUGGAUCACCGGCGCCGGAUUCACCCCUCUCCAUGGCCGCCCACAGCCAGGGGCGCGCUCGUCGCCUUGUCCGCCGGCAACUGGAAGAGCGCCCUCUCCAUGGCAACCACAGCCAGGGCUUCGUUAGUUCACCAUGACCAAGCUGCAAUCGGCCACGGCGGCGACGAGUCUGUGCUGGAGCCGGAGGGUUGCUGGAACCAGUGUCCCGAUUUGCUGGAACCAGCUCGUGGAUGUGCUGCAAGGUUGACACCUCGCCGGAGGAAGCUGCAUCCAGUGGCGAGGAGGGCUGCAUCCAACGUCGUUCAAACGCCGGAGCUACAACCGGUGACCAGGGGAGCUGCAAGAAGGGGGUGGCCAUUUUUGCUGAUGUUUUUUUUUCCUUUUUACAGAACCAAAUUUUUGUUUUUGCUGGAACCGAUGUAUUGUUUUGCUGGAACAGAUGUAAUUUUUUGCUUCGUCGGCUGCAGAGCUCUCAAAUGUUUCAUGUCGUUUUUGCUGGAACCUAAGUUUGGUUUUGCUGGAAGCGUUAUUUGAUUUUGCUUCAAUCAACCACUAGAAUUUUGUAGGUACGAUGCAUGUCGAUGGAGGCCAGUAGAGACGACGACGCCUGCGGCGAGCUCGACAGCGAGGACGGAGGGGGGUGGUGCACCAGAUGCUGCAACCACGGGGGCGGGGAGCUUCAACCACUGCCGACGGAGGCUCCGUGUCAGCCAUGGCCAAGUUUGGCGGGGGAUCCGACCACGACGGAAGCUGCGAACGAGUGAUAUGGUUGGGAGCAGUGACGCGCGCGCGAAGGAGGCAACCUACGGCGAGGGCAGCAACCGGUGGCGAGGGCGGUGACCGGCGCCGGGGGGCGGCCAAGCCGGGUGGUGCUUCGAGUCGGGGGCCUCGCUCAUCCAUGCGGCUAGAUGCGUACACGGAGGAAGGAAGAAGA